AUGCUGUCAUUUAUAGCUCCUCAUCUUAUACUCAUUUUGAUAUGUAUCAUACGUUCUGCACUCGCCGGUACGAACGGUACAACAGUCCAAUGUGUAGAUGGAUUCGGUGGUAUAAACGCCACUGCAUCAACCGCAAAAUGCAAUGAUAGAAAUUACACCCCAUGGAUUUGCCCAUUGGCUGAAUGUGGAAAAGAUGGUCAUCUAUGGGUACCUAUGUCAGGUUGUGUACUUGAUGUUGUCGAUGGCGCUGGAGCAAGUAACCAACAAUGUGCUAGUUACAAUAUCCAAAACGAAACCAUGUACGAAUGUAGGAACUCAGGAGGUAUCAGCUAUCUUUGCCCUUAUACAGCCGCUAAUGUUCCAUAUAUCACAUGCUCAGGAUGCAACUUGCAGCCGGAAUCACAGGCGAAGAAUACCCCUUGA